GCUAGUAUUUUAUAAUCCUCCAUCAUGGGAUCGUGUAUUUAUCAACUGAUUGAUAAAGGUUUAGUUUGGUUUUUAUAUUCGGAUUUUAGCCUUUUGCCCAUGCUCAAACAAAAUUGCCCAUUCACGGUUUUCAUGUGAUCCCCGUCCCCACCACUACUAGGAGGGAGGGUGGUCCUCUACUCAAGCAAAAAUUUCAUCGCCAAAGAGAGUUUUAGCUAUCAAAGUCACGGACCCGAUCCUGAUAUAUAUAUUCUGACAAAAGAGGUGCGGUCCAACAGGCCAAAAUGGAUUCCACAAAUGGUCAAAAGACCAGACAAGCAAAAGCAAUUAUAUUAUAUAUGGCGAUUGGAGAAGUCACGCCAUUGACAGGGGAACAGCCCUUUACAAGUUUAUGAAAAGCCCCCAAAUCCUGCUUAUUAACCGGAUGAUUUGGAUACAAAUCAACACUGACAACCACGCAAAGACAAUGACCCUCCAGUUCCAAGACUAAAUCACCUUGUAAAAAGAAUCAAGCUUUGCAUUGGUAAACAUAAAGAGUAUUUCUUCACCAUUUCUUUUAGCUCCACUCAAAGCUUCUUCACCCUAACACCAAAGCCCCAAUAGCUAUCCUCAAAUUUCCUUUCUUGCUCAAGAAAUGAGGCUUCUGUUUUGCGUUCUGUUCGUUGGUUUCUUCGUUAUGGCUCCAUUUGUUGCCUGCUCUCGAAGCUUGCCCCAAAGCCCCAAAGCGACGACGGUUCUCGACGUUGCUGAAGCUAUUGAGAAAACCAAAAACGUCCUCUCAUAUGAGCCAACAAAGAAACCAGCAUUUGGCCCACUUGACCAAAACCUCUCCGCUUCAUCUUCGUCUUCGCUUUCCCUUCAGAUUCAUUCGAGAGCCUCUAUUCAUAAAAGCUCCCACCUUGAUUACAAAUCAUUAACCUUAUUCCGACUAGAGCGUGACUCAGCUCGAGUUGGCUCACUCACGACUCUGUUGGAUCUGGCUGUCAACAGCAUUUCAAAGUCGGAUCUCAAACCGCUUGAUAAUGGAUUGGAGUUUAGGGCAGAGGAUCUAGAAAGUCCUAUUGUGUCGGGUUCGAGUCAGGGAAGUGGUGAGUACUUUACCAGAGUUGGAAUCGGGAAACCACCGAGUCAAGUGUACAUGGUACUCGACACGGGCAGUGACGUCAACUGGGUACAAUGCGCACCCUGCGCUGAUUGUUACCAACAAUCCGACCCAAUUUUCGAGCCCGCUUCAUCCUCUUCCUACUCGCCACUAACUUGCGAAACACAACAAUGCAAGUACCUUGACGAUUCCGAAUGCCGAAAUGACAGCACCUGCGUCUACGAGGUUUCAUACGGUGACGGCUCUUACACUGUCGGUGACUUUGUCACUGAAACUAUCACUCUUGACUCGGAUUCUGUCGAUAAAAUUGCAAUUGGUUGUGGCCAUAAUAACGAAGGCUUGUUUGUUGGGGCGGGUGGCUUGCUUGGUCUCGGCGGCGGCCCGCUUUCCUUUUCUUCGCAGCUUAAUGCAAGUAGUUUCUCUUAUUGUCUCGUGGAUCGUGACUCUGACUCAACGUCGACUCUCGACUUCGACUCGGCUCUCCCACCUAAUGCCAUUACAGCUCCGCUACUUCGUAACCACCAGCUAGACACGUUUUAUUAUCUUGGUUUAACCGGAAUGAGUGUGGGUGGCGAGAUACUUCCGAUUCCUCAGUCAGCUUUCCAAAUGGACGAGUCAGGUAAUGGUGGGAUUAUCAUCGACUCGGGGACCGCCGUGACUCGUUUGCAGAGCGACACCUAUGAUGUUCUCCGUGACGCGUUCGUUAAAGGGACAAAGAACUUGCUGUCAACUAAUAGCGUGGCAUUGUUUGACACGUGUUACGAUUUGUCGAAGAAGAGCAGCGUAGAUGUGCCAACGGUGUCGUUUCACUUCCCUGAUGGUAAAGUUUUGCCAUUACCGGCGAAGAAUUAUCUGAUACCGGUUGACUCAGCGGGAACCUUCUGUUUCGCGUUUGCGCCAACGUCAUCGUCGCUAUCAAUAAUUGGGAACGUGCAGCAGCAGGGAACACGUGUCGGUUUCGAUCUCGGUAACUCCCUCGUAGGAUUCGUGCCCAACAAAUGUUAAGAAAUUACUUGGAAAUCCAUUUUUACUUUUCGUGAAAAAAAACAAGUUUCAUUUUUUCAAAAAAAAAAAAAAAAAACCUUAGUGAGUCGUGAUGGGGUGGUGGGACCGCGCAAGUGGCGACGUUAUCAAUGUCGGCAUUAAUGGCAUACAUAGUAAAUUAAAUGAAUGCACGAGGAGAAUAGUGGGCAGAAGCUAGAGUAUUGAAAAGGUUGAUGAUAUUACCGUUACAAAUGUUGUCGUUUUUAUUUAAAAGAAAGAUUCGCUACGAUGUAAUGAAAACAUAAUUUACUUGGUGUCAGUGCUGACAUGGUUGGAUCAGAUGCUUUGUGUCUUUUAUUUU